AUGUGGCCUUUAGGCUUUCGUCGGUCCCACCGUCGCUCAUUUCUCCUCUCGACACUCUUUUUGUUGUUCUUGGCUCCUUAUACGGCGCUCGCGGCCCUUAUAAACACGACAUAUGACGAUACGACCGCGAGCUUCAAGUGGUACGGUCACUGGCGGCCAGGAAGCACCGCUACUCCUUGUACUUUUGCCGCCUGCAAUCCGCCCGUCGACUUCUCCCAAGUCCACCAACAAACAUGGCAGGCGGGGCUAUUUGCUGUAAAUAACGUCGCGACCACGAACGGGACCUUUACAUUCACCGGCUCCGCCGUCUACAUCUACGGCAUCGACCGCGCCAACCUCCAGCCCCAGGUCCAAUUCACGCUCGGAAAUAUCCGCACCACACAUCGCUAUACCGGCUCUGAGCCCUUCGUCUACAACUCUCUCUUCUUUGCGGCAACAGGUCUCCCCGCGGGCCAAAUCCAUGUUGUCAGCUUCAAUUUUGUCGCUGCCCCUACCAACGUUGCUGCCCAAGAAGCGUGGCUCGACUAUGCUGUUGUGACGAGCGAAGGAGAUGUCUCUACAGGAUCGAAUCCCAACCCUGGGGACGGAGGCGGAGAAUCGAGUCAUCCUCCUCAAUCCCCAGCCGGACAGUCGUCCUUACCCGGAAACACUGGAGACAGCCAGCCUCAGAGGCCAUCAUCAACCGGGAGUACAUCAACAUUUGGAGCCCAAAUCUCCAUCAGACCCUUCGGCUCUUCAUCCACGUUCACUAGUUCGGAGGGCUUCUUUGCCGCUACCGGUGCGGGGAACGCUCAGGUGCCGACCGACUCGACGACCUCGAAUGGCCUCCAAUCUUCAGCUGCUGGCACGCAUAACCGUAUCGGCGCAAUACUCGGAAUAGUCAUUGGUGUUCUUGCACCAGCGAUCUUGAUCAUAAUCGCAUGGUGUCUAUGGCGCCGCUCCAGAGCUGCCCGCCGUCGACAGCUCCGCCCUCUCGUGUCCCACCAAAAGUUGUCUGGCUAUCCGGGUCGCGAAGCGUCUGAGCUCUCGCCCCGACACCCGGUUUUCGUGGAUCAGGGACUCUCUAGGGCAUCGCACGACGGCUACAGUACCACCACCGGCGCCAUGUCGGACUCCCCGUUCUCGAGUUCCAACCCAGCCUGGCAUGCCGCCCCGUCAGAAGCUGGGAUGGGGAGCCUGAGUGUGUCCGCUUUGAGUUCGGGUAUGGAGACGGAGCGGGAAAGGAUGGUUGAGGCGCGGCUUCAAGAGCUUGAGAAGCAUGUCAUUGUACCCCCGCCUUACUGA